CCUUCCUUCUUCCUUUCUUUUGACUUUUGUUUCAUUGAUUAUGGUUUAGUUAUUGGUUUAGAAGCUUUUGAUUUAUGGUUCUGUACUCUCCAGUGUUGAAAUGUAUAUGGGCUUGUUUGGUAGUUUUGCUAUCCUUUUUUGCUUGUUGGUUCAUCUGUUUGUUGACCCCCCUUUUUUUUUUGGGAUUAAAUCUUAGUAUUGAACCCUUUGUGGUUUUACUAUGUAUAAUCUGAUAUAAGCAACCAAAUUUAGGUCUUUUAUUAACCCUUUUCUUCUUUUUAAUUAGUAACUUGCAAACAUUUAUCUAUGGUAAAUAUGAAGGGUUUUCCGGAUGGAUGACCCAAAUUUGGGAGAAAAGAUGAGAUAUGCCCCACUGAGGUUUUCUAAUCCUUUGGUGACAUUAAAUUCGGAUGAAAUUAUCAAAAAAAAACUCACUCUCUUACUCUUGCUAUCUUAUUCUCGCUCUUGCACCUUCAUUCCUUUUCCUCUCACAGAACGCUCUCCUCUUUACCUUUUUCUCAUGAUCUCUCUCUCGCCCUUGCUUUUGCACUCCCGCUCUCUUACUCUUGCUUUUGCACUCUCGAUCUGCAACUCAAACUGAAUAAAGGGAGCGAAGAAGAAGACGGCUGGCAGCUGGAGUUGCUCGUGUGGACUUGUUAGAGCUGGUGCAUGGUCUCAUCGAGUUGGUCGCACGACAAGAAGAGCAACAAGAAAGAGAAGAAAUAAAAGUAAUUUUGUAAAAUUGCUUGAUGAUGAGAGACAUUGUUUAAUUAGUUGGUUGAUUCCAAAAACAUCAUCCCAUUUUGUGUUGUCAAAGUUUUGUUGGCAAUGGGGAGUGUGGUGGGAAAGUUGGAAUCUCCAGAUUGUGUACCAGAAACAAAACUUGAAGCCAAAAUGGUUGAGGCAAUGAGACACAGGGCAUCUAAAGGAAGCAUCAUUAGGUCAUUUGAUAGCAUAAUCUUGAAAUUCCCCAAAAUUGAUGAUAGCCUUAGAAAAUGCAAAACUAUUUUCCAACAGUUUGAUGAAGAUUUGAACGGGAUAAUAGAUCGUCGGGAGCUUAAGGAAUGUUUUGAUGGGCUGGAAAUUUCGCUCACGGAGGAGGAAAUCGAUGAUCUCUUUGAUGCUUGUGAUAUUAGUACAGCUAUGGGAAUGAAGUUCAAUGAAUUCAUUGUACUUCUCUGCCUUGUCUAUCUUCUCAAGGAUGAUCCCAAUGCUAAAUUUUCUAAAUCUCAAUUCGGAAUGCCAAAAUUGGAGGAGACAUUUGAAUCUUUGGUCGAUGCAUUUGCGUUCUUGGACAAGAAUAAGGAUGGAUAUGUAAGCAAGAGCGAGAUGAUAUCUGCAAUAAACGAGACCACAUCGGGAGAACGCUCUUCAGGGCGGAUAGCGAUGAGGAGAUUUGAGGAGAUGGACUGGGACAAAAAUGGAAUGGUAAACUUUAAAGAAUUUCUUUUCGCUUUCACCCAUUGGGUUGGAAUCGACGAGAAUGAGGACGGAGAGGAAGAAGAGGAGGAAUGAAACAUGAAAAACAUGUUAUCUUGAAUAUGAAACUUCUUUUUCUAAUUCUUCAUUUGACGAUGGGGAAACCGUGGUGCAGUAAUGAAAGUAGGGAUGCAGUUUCAUCUGCACUUUUGUUGGCCUUCUCACACAAAAUUGAACUAGAAGAUAACAAUGGUUUCAAUGCAUUGGUUGUAAAUACUUGUGUGUACUGUGAAGAGUAGAAGUCAUAUAAUUUGAAAUGCUGGUGUAGAAGCCAAGCCUGAGCCUUUUUCAUGUGGGGAUUGUUUUUGUUUAUUAUUAUUCUCCAAUGGCAGCUUGGACUGAUUUUCACUGGAUGGCUUGAGAAAAGCUGUAUUUUCUUUGGACUUGUCUGUCUUGCUCUCAAUAUUAUAGACUUCUUUUCUUUUAUUCAAAGGGAAAUUUCACCUCA